AUGCAUAGUGAGUCGGGUUCCGUGCAGCAACCGGGAACGGGGUAUAAUGUGGGCCAGCAGUUUAGGGGCAUUCAGAGGCAGCAGCAGCCUCACUUUCGCCAGACUACGUCGGUUCAGAGUUUCGGGGGUGAUAAGGGAGCGAGUUCUUCUGCGCCUACUCAGGGUUCUGGUCAGAGGGGAGGUCAUGUGCAGGGUCAGGGUACCCAGGGGCGUGUUUUCAACAUCAACUCAAAUGCUUCACCUUCUAUUUCUCAGGCUCCAGAGGCAUCCGUUGAAAUUGUUAGUCCUCCUUUAUUCGUUGAGACACCUUUAGGGGGUAGAACGCCUCUUGAUCAUAUAUGUCGAGCUUGUGAGUUAGUCAUUUGUGACCGUCGUUUCGUAUUCGACUACAUCGUUUUGGGAAUGUUGGGGUUUGAUCUUAUUUUGGGAAUGGAUUGGUUGUCCACAUUUCAUGCUACCAUCGAUUGUUUCAAGCGUCAAGUUCGUAUUUGUCCUCUUGAGGGUCCUUGUUUCGAAUUCUUUGGGGAACGUCGGAAAUCGUUGGAACCAUAUUUAUGCAGGUCUCGAGAGCACGAGUCAAUUUAUUCCUUGUUGGCGAGUCUGACGUUAGAUGAGAAUUUGUCAACACGUGGGGAGUUACCCUUAGUAGUUUGCGAAUUUCUCGAUGUUUUUCCUGAAGAGUUACCUCGUUUACCUCCUAAAAGAGAGAUUGAAUUCGCUAUCGAUUUACUUCCCGGUACCGCUCCUAUCUCCGUACCUCCGUAUCGUUUUGCGCCCGCCGAAUUAAGAGAGUUAAAGACUCAGUUGCAGGAAUUGGAGAACUUAGGAUUCAUUCGUCCGAGUACGUGA